UCGCUAACACAGUCACGCGCCCAGGCUCCUACCUGACGGACGGGAUUUUCUGUGGCUCUCUGCGACAGUGUACAGUUAGUUGCCAGCGGGGAUUCUGGCAGUGCUCACCUGCUUAAAGUCGCAGCUUUUCCAAUUCCAGCGCGUUCCGGAUAAAAAAUAGUGUCAGUCGGGGAAAAAAAUUAAGUGUUGCAUUCUUUUUGCUUAUAACUGAUUGCGCUUGUUGUCUUCGUCCUUUGCGAUGAUGACAGUACAUAUGCAUUUAUGGUCUUCAUUUUUUAAUUGGAUAAGAAAAACAGGUGCCAUCGUUGUGUAGUAAGCCAAUCGAACUUCAUCGCUAGACGAUUCCUAUCCACUCCACAGAAUUAUUUCAAAUAACAAACAGAAUAUAAAAACACUGUCGUUUUACAAUCGCAAUGAGAAUUUCUCUCAGAGCCGUGAGUCUGAGAGGACGAUGGAUGCAUUGGAAUAGCUGGAAGGGAUGGCUCUAUCUGACCAUAUUUGUGUUCGUUUCGGGUCGUCUCUUCGUCAGUCAAGGGUUCACUAUAACCUUGACUCCAACUUUAGACAAAACAGAUUCGAUAAUUGACGGUAAUGUAAACAGCAUUGCACCAAAGACGCAGCACGGUGACCGUGGCUUGAAAAUGGCUGUCACCGCUAGCACCUGGUCGAGUAGUCCACUGGCUGGGAACGGCCCAAAAAGUCAAGAAGAUCUUAUCAGCAACCAGUUGCACAUUAGCAAUAUUUCGCCGCUUCUAGUCUUGGAAGAAAAUGAAAAUUCAGGGAUCGCAGCGGCGGACACGUCGAAGAAGAUCAAUACUAAUGACGAAAAUAAUGAGACUAAUCAAUCGAAACAGGAAGAAGUUAACGAUGCCAGUCUGGAGUCAGAAAGAGAGCAAAGAUACUGGCUGCGAUCUGAACGCAUUAAACGAGUUUGUCGUAGUAGAGGCGUUGUCUCUAACCCAACCGUCUUCGCAACGAGCAAAAACGAGACCCGGCCAGUUCGUUCACCCAAUUCUGUAAACCUGCCAAUUUCCAUGUACGAGGAGUACCCCGUCACAUCUCAUUUCUCCAUGGCACCGUCGUUUCAAACCAUGGGCUGCUUUCUCAACAAAGUCGCCUCCUCAUCUUUGGUUUCGGCUUUCCUUUUAGUGCACGGACUUGGACCAACAUUUUCUAGUCCACACAGUUUGACGUCUCACCUUCUUCCCAGGUCGCUUGCUGAUUUCCAAUUUGCCAAUCAAACUUACUUCAAAUUCAUGUUCGUUCGCCAUCCAAUGGAUCGUAUGCUCUCCUGCUACCUGGACAAAAUGGUGGACAGUCCGCAUUACAGUCUACCUGCGUUCCGCAAUUACGUCAAGCAUAAAGCACGUCACAUCAUGGAAAAACGACGCAGAGCUCAACAGCAUGAAACGUCCCUUGAUAAUAAGCCUCAAAUUCGGAAGCUGUUGUCAGUGCACGAUGGCGCUCUGUCUUGGAAUCGACCCGAUUCGCAAAUAAUUUACGGCCAUCAAGUGGGAAAUGACAAGGCAACAUUCGUAGCGGAUGAAACAGAAACGCAGAAAUUACACCGUUAUGUCGGCCAACGUCGGCAUCACGACCCCGUCGACCUAUCCAACCAAAUUGCGAAAGCAGCCACUCCGUUGGCUAAAAACACAACUGCAGUUAAACCAACGUUUGAAGAGUUUCUCGAAUUCGUCCUGGAUACUGAUUUGCAAGGUAUUGGAUACGAUUCGCAUUGGGUCCCGUUCAAUCGUUAUUGCAGCCCGUGCAGCGUACCCUAUCAUGUUAUAGGUAAACUGGAGACGGGAGCCGAAGAUUUCCAGUAUAUUUGGGACAAGACUGGAUUGGGAACUCAAGUGCCAGUUCCGUGGAUCAACCGUAACACGGCCCCGUCAAAGUCCAAGAUUGCGCUGGAAAAAAAGCAUUAUUCAUCGCUGCCCAGGGAAUUAAUCAUGCGUUUCUACCAUGCCUUUCGGAUGGAUUUCGAGCUCUUUGAUUACAGCAUUAACGACAUCCUUCUGAAAGCUGGAUACGAAACUGUAUGAUGGAAAUAACGAGAACUCGACGAGCCAUUGACGUGAUAGAAGGUGGCAUUUUUAAACCUUUUUUGGUUGAGGGAUUCCGGUUGUUUGGCAUAAAGUGUGAAAGGUGAAAUGAAAUUCUAGUUAUUUCGUUCGGUCGUGCUGGCACAUAACGUUGUUUCACCUCAUAAAUCAUGAGCAUUUCCGCUGAUAGCAUGGCUGGGCACUUUCUUUGUAAAUUGCGGUACUGUAAAACGUCAACUUUCUUUAUAAACAAGAGAGAAAAACAAAACAAACAAGCAAUACUGUAUCUACGCCUAAUAGGAAAGUUUUCGCUUUGCUCUUCGCCUAAAAAAAAAAAUGAAUUGAAAUGAAAUUAUUUAGGUUACAGUUUCGCUUCCUGAAACGUCGUCAAACCGUUAAAUGAAACUCAAAGGGAGCGUGUAGAAAUGAUAGAGUUGCUUGAACGCAUUGGUGCUUUCAUAUACCAACCCACCAAAGCUUUCCAUUCAAAAAUAACGAUUGUUCGUGUCUCCAUGUUCCAGUGACCUUCUUUAAGUGUGUUUUAUUUUUUGUUUUGUUUAUUUUGUCUUUCCAAAACAAAGAGACCAGCAACGUCUAUAUAUCCUUGACGAUUGAAACAAUAACCUGUAAUUGUGAGAUGAAUGUUGCCAUUUGGACUAUUGCAGCGCUGCCAUAGAAAUACACCAAAUUAUAUAUGCA